UUGGCUCCAGUUGCAGAAUGGCGCGCGUGGGGCUCCGGUGCGUUGGCCUAUGGGCCAGACCUCGCAGGAGGAACAUGAUCUUCAGGUUCUUCCUUUUCUUCAUCUUCUCCAGGUGAUGAGGAAUCGUGGGCCACGACCUUUGCGCCAAACAAGGUGAUGUCAGAGGAGAAAAACUCCAAAAACACCGGGAGCAAAGGAAAAGAAUCAGGCAUUGCUUCUGGAACCACCUCUGUUGGGGCAGGGGAACGGCCGGCCUGGUGUCAGCUGACUGCGAAGUUGCGGUGGUGGUCUGAAUCCCAAAAGCAACAUUUGCCUGUCUAUGUCACAAAGAUAGAUGAUAAGAAAAAGUCUGUCAUCGUGACGUUUGCGGCGGACAAGAAGGUUUGGAAGGAGGUGCCAUUCUCCAAACUUGGACGGAAAGGCUGCCCUUUGCAACCGCCGGUAGCUUCAAAGGGCAACGGCGAGGCGAAGGAUGGCGAAAAAUCCAAGGAAAGGCCAGCAGAAGACGGUACUGCAACCCCAGACUGGUGGAGAUUGGAAAAAUCAAAAAUUUUGGACAAGAAGGAGCAAUCAAGGAGAGAAAAGGCCUUGGAAGAGGAAAUGAAACAAAUCGAAGCAAAAGAGGUCGCCAAACACCAAGAAAGAAAACGCAAGGCGCUGCUAGAAGCGGAACGUCGAAAGGUUCAAGAAGCCUUUGAAAAGCGAAAGCGUGAGGCAGAACAGCAGAAACUACGGGAGGAGGAAGAGUGGCGACAGCAGCUGAGAGAAAGAAGAGAAAGAGAAGCCAAAGAGGAAGAGGAGCGUGAGCGAGAACGAGAGGCAAAGAGGGAGAAGAAGCGGCAAGAGAAGGAGAAGAAGAAGAAAAUUGAAGAGGCGGAGGAAUCGAAGAAAAGACAAGCAAAAGAAGCCGAGGACAGAAAGAAGCGUGAAGGUGAAGAGAAGGACAAGGCGCAACGUGAAGCAGAAGCUGCAAAGGCCGCAGCCGAAUCUGCAAGGCUUCAAGCCGAGAUCAUGCGGCAGCUUCCUGGACAUGGGCUGAUGGUGGCUGCCCAGGCAGCCCAGGCGUGGCAGCAACAGGCUUUGCCAUUGGCCAUGGCCCAAGCUGCCCAGGCUGCCCAGGUUGCGCAGGUCCAGGCAGCGGCUCAAGCGCAAGCCGCGGGUGCUUUUGGCUGUCAAGGCUGUGGCCCCGACGGGGUCUUCAGUCGUGGUGGCUGCAUGAGUGCCAUACCUUGGGGAGCGCAGGCUGGCGCCUUCAAUGACCAAAGUGCUGGCUCCUUUGGGGCAGGCAUGCCUUCCGUGUGGCCGCAAUGAGUGAACUUCAAAAGCCUGCGUGGCUGCAGAUCCUUACACCGCCGCAAUACAAGGUUAAUUGAACUAGCAGCUGUGCCCAAGCUGUUUGUUUUCUGGUGCGGCAAUUGUGAUGGGCAUUGGCUUAAGUCUGAUCUGGCGAUCUCUCUCUCUCUCACCGCGCACCUUCAGGAGAUCGAAUCGGCAAUGGGUUCCUAUUAGGUUUGUGAAAGGCAAACCCUUAGAAUAUUU